GAAUCUGCCGAGCGAGAACGGUACAUAUCAAAACUAUCAAAUACUGUCAAAUACUGUAGAGAUUAUCCAGUGUUCGACUAUUCGGUGCAAGCAAUCGAACUCGCUAUAUGUGAUUUUGUAUGCGAUAGCCUGUGUUAGCCUUCUUUCUUUUCAGGAGCUACAUACGUAGGUGGUUUUGUAUGUACGAUAUUGUAUAUUGCAUCUUACUAUGCGUUUAUGAAUUGAGAAAGAGAGACGAGUGUCAUUAGGACAGUGAUCGGUAUCGGUUAACAACUUUUCCGCGUAUCCUCUCUAAUGCGGACGCGCACUUCACCGAGUUUGAUCCGGUUGUGUGCUCUUCCACAUGUUCUGCGAUAACGAGAUCAACGAGUUGACCGCGUAGCCUUGGAAUAAUCGAGCUUUCGGUAGAUUAGAUUAUAGCAACAUGGGCCAACAAGCGUGUUUUGAACGGCUGACAUUAGCAAGGGGACAUGCGAAAAAUAGAAAUAAUAAGAAAUAAUGACGGGCUAAAAGCCGGAGAGGACAAGGAGUUCGUUGCGUGCCGUUGUAGACCAGUACGGAAAUUAUUAGCGUAUUAAGAGAGAAAAGAUACUACCGUAAUACACAUUUUUACAUUAUGCGCCGAGCACGUAUCAAAGCUUUGGCUGCCGUGCCAGUUCGGAAGAAGCCUCUACAGGAUUCUACAGAUUCUAUUGAUGCUAAUGAUGCGUCUGAUAAGGAAAAGAAGAACGAAAACAUAUCUAAUAUUCAUGAGACUGAACAAGUGGCUAGCAAGGAGGCUGCAAAGGUAGAAGAACAGAAAAAGGACGACGCAGCUACGAUUAAUAUAUUUGAGCAAAAGGAACAAGAAAAAGAAGAUAGACCCAACAUUGGCGAUCAAUUGGUUCAGAAUUGUAUUCCGCUGCCAGACGUGCCUACAGUAACGGAUAUAGCUUCUCCAACAAAGCAGAGUCGGCCAUGUUUCAUGAGACCUACACCAAGGUUGGACAGUGGCGGCAGAAUAAGAAAGAACAGCAUACAGGGAAGUGGCGCGAGCGCAAGUGAGUCCGAGGAUGAACACAGCAAGAGAGUGCAAUCCGUCGUGCCGAGUCGCGUACGAAAUGAUUCCGUCUGCUCUGUACAAAGCAAUAAGGAGAGUACUACCAACGACAAUCAAAACAGCCCUUCGAAAUUUAAAACAACCCAGAAAAGACGUAUGCUGGUUUCGGAAUCUGCGAGAAAGCUGGCCGAGGCCAGAAGGGAGUUCUUGUUAAAGCACGAAAAUAGAACCCCCGAAAGGAGCCAAUUGAAAAUGUACGAUUUGAUAUAUUAUAAUCCCGUGACAAAUCCUAUGAAAAAAAUGCCAGUUGAACGAAGACAAGUGUCUACUACGCCACAACCGGUGGAAGUUCCGGAAGAGGAGGAGGAAGAUGAUCCAUCGGCAAUGUCCACACCGCAGGUGAAAGUGGGUCCCGACGGUCAGUUAAUAAUAGACGAACAAAGUCUCGUAAUAGAACACACAGAUGCGAAAAGAGAAGAAGAGAUAUUAGCGAGCGGGGUUACUAUAGAGGACGAAAACACCCACGGCGGUGGUUUCUAUAAAAAGCAUAAGAGGAGCAAGGAGUGGCCAAAAUGGGAAACAUUUAAAUUCUACAGAGUUUUGAACGUAGUAGGUACGGACUUUCUAUUGAUGCAGACACUCUUCCCGAACAGAAGUAGACAAGAAAUUAAACAGAAGUACAAGAAGGAAGAGAGAGUUAAUCGACAGUUAGUCGAAAAGGCUCUGAAAUAUCACCAAGAAUUCGAUACCGAUUUGUUAGAAGAGCAACUAGCAAUGCUGCAAAAACUAGAAAAUAUUCCAGACACGUCUAAGAAACCAUCGGAGAAAGUUAAGAACGGACAAUGCUUGAGAAAAAUUGACAGAAAACGCAAGCAUCGAUUAGUAGCAGAAAGUAUCGGGGAGUGUGAGGCACUGUCCAACGAUCGAGAAGCUGAAGAUGCUGAAGAUACUGUAACUUCGAUGACAAAUGAAAUCGAUACAGAAAUAAAUAGCGAUACAAAUAACACUCAGCAACAAAUGGAGAAAAGAAGCAAAACGCGGAAGUCGAAGAAACGUUUGAAUGAUAAGUCCGAGAUGUUCGACGAUUACAGAUCUUAUACAGAUGCCGAUUCAGACAGCUCUGAGGAGAUUUAUCAAGCCAGACCGACUAGAUCCGGCAGACUGUCGAAGAAGAUAAGGAAGUUACAAGCGCCUGAUUUUGAUACACUUAACAGUGAUACCGGGAAUGAAUCGCCGGUAGAUGACAAGUCUAUGAUACCAUCACACAUAGCUGUGGAGGUUACAGAAUAUGUAAAUACACCAGUUACAAAUAGUGAAAAUACGGAAACUUCUUGUUCCGAUCAUAUUAUGACGAUGAUACCAAAUAUUAAUCAAAUGGAGCCAGGAGCCGUGGUGAUUGUCUCGAAGGAAUCUACAGAAAAUCCUGGAAAUACUAUUUUACAAGUUUAUAUGGUAGCCUCGAACAUUGACUCCACUACAACAAUCACACCUAGCGCGGCGUCUGGGAAUAAAUCAUCAGAACUUUUAACCACUAAAUCGGAAAAUGUCGAGUCGAGCAUUGUAGAUGAUUCUGAUUAAAAGGUCUCUUGCAUUGCAUUUAAUUAUAAUCGAACUUAAAAAGAAAAAACUAAACAAGUAAAAUUAUCAACAGACCAUAUCCUUGAUGGGGAUGUUAAACGUUGUAAAUUUACAAGAUAAAUGUUCGUUUUUUUACGUACACACGUGUAAAAUGGUUUUUUAUACUAAUUAGUGAAAGUAUAAUGUGCAUAUUAUACAUAUGUAUAUGUAGUAUUAUAAUUAUAAUUAAAUGUAAUAGUAUAAGAUGUUUCCUCUCUGUGGAUAGAUUUGCUUUCCGAUACAGAGCUUUGCGAUACGAUAUAGAGAUUUUAUUAUAAACGUGAUAAGAAUUGAGCAAUGUAUGUGCAACAAGGGCCAUAUGUUUUGUUUAUUAAAACUUUUUUUUUCAGAAGACUGUAGACAGUCGAAUUUUAUACAUGUAUAUUUGUUUUGUCGCUCAAAUUUGUACAUCAAGAAUUUUGUAGAGCGAGAUGAGAAAUAAUGGAUAUACAAAAAGUAUAUUGCCCCGAUACUAUGGUUCUUUAUUUUAAGUCGGUUUAUAUAUAUACAGGGUGUUAAAAAAAACUAUUCAAUAUUUAUAUGGUAGAUAGGAUACACCAUACUAAGUAAAAAAACCUAAAUAAACAGGUCAAAAACUCAACCGUUUCUGAGAUAUAAACAUUUUGUAUGUCAGCAUUAUAUGAUUGACUUACUGGCUUCUGUGUCGCAUGCGAUGUGAGAAGAAGAUAAUCUGUCUAAAUUAUUAUCUCGAUAUUUACGGAAGGUCUUCCAUGUCCUCCUUCCAUUUCCAUACACGCUUGGCAUCUUCUUACAGAGUCGCGAACUCUCUCGAAAAUUCCAGGUCUCUGUCGAAUUAUUUAACAAGCACGCUGGAUUCGGUCACGUAAGAAUACACUAUCCUUUUUAAAUAUCCCCAUAAAAAAUAGUCCAAUGGACAAAAAUCAGGGGAUCGGAGGAGAACAUCGCAUGCGACAUGUAGAAACCUGUAAUGUCUAUAUCUCAAAAACUUGUUUUCGACCUAUGUUCAUUUAGGUUUUUUACUCAGUAUGGUGUCCUAUCUAUCAUAUAAAUAUUGAAUGGUUUUUAUUGAACACCCUGUGUAUACACACAUGUAGUACACUAUACAUUCUGGUACAAUCAUAAUAUUCUGUUGAGAUAUGGAAUCGAGAAUAAUUUAACUCAAACGAAAAGAUGAUCUUAUGAUGUAUGUAAACACAUCAACUAUAUGCAAUUAUGCUGUAAUAGAAGUGUUAUGAAAGUUAUCAGCAUUAAAAGUACUGCCAUGAGUA